AUGGCAGGAAAACUGGCAAAUGUCGAAGCAGAAAUGUCCAGAUUGAACAUCAAUAUAUUAAGACUCAGCGAAGUUAGAUGGCCUGGAUCUGGCAUGCAGAAAACAAGCAACACUGUCAUAUGCUACUCUGAAGGCUCAGAUACCAACCAUAGAUAUGGAACGGCCAUUCUUGUAAAUAAUGUAGUUGCUGAAUUAGUUGCAGAGUUUAUACCCUUAAAUGACCGGGUUAUGAUGCUGAAACUGCAAACCUCGCACCGAGCGCUGAAUGUCAUACAAGUAUAUGCGCCAACGAAUGACAAGACGGAUGCAGAAACGGAAGAAUUCUACUCCAAAAUAGAUGAAGCUAUGCGGCUCACAAAGAAAGGAGAACUAACCAUGGUCAUUGGUGACUUUAAUGCAAAAGUCGGAUCCGGUGCAGAAGAUGAUACUGUAAGGCAGUAUGGCCUGGGUAAAAGAAAUACUAGGGGAGAUAGACUCGUCCAGUUCUGCGCCAAAAAUAAUCUCCUUGUCGCUAAUACGUUCUUCAAGCAACAUCCUAGAAGAUUAUACACCUGGAAGUCUCCUGCUGAUGCCAGAGGAAAAAUCUUAAGAAAUCAAAUUGAUUUUAUCCUAAUAGGAACGAAGCUGAGAAAAUAUGUGCAAACAGUAAAAACAUAUUCUGGUGCAGAUAUUAACAGUGACCACAACCCAAUCGUCAUGGACUUCCGAAUGCGAUGUCUUACAAAAAUCAGGAAGGCGAGAACACCACAAAAGAUAGAUAUCAGACAGCUGCAAAAACCAGACAUGCAGACACACGUGAGCUCCAAACUCGAGGAUGAACUGAAGAAAAUUCAGAGACCGAAACAAACCACGGUGGAAAUAGAAAGAACCUGGGAUAAGCUAAAGACCACCAUAACGGAGAUACAGGUUCAGGACAUCGGAUUCCCCGAGGUAGGAAGAAAAAAGGAGUGGAUGACCACGGAAAUUUUAGAGCUCAUGACCGAAAGAAGGAUACAAAAACCAAAUCCUCGGCUAUACAAAGAAAUCAAUAAAAAGAUCAAAAGAAAAUGCAGAGAGACAAAAGAACAAUGA